AUGUGGCGAGAGUACGUGAAGAUGGAGUUGGGUUUCGUGGAGAGCCUGCGAAGGCGGUGGGGAGUUCUGGGGAUCGACGUGGAGGAUACCAAGGGCAAGGGCAAGCAACGAGCGCGGGAAGCGGAUGAAGACGAAGAGAUGGAGGUGGAGAAGAUACAGGUGGACGCGGAGGACGAGGGCGACGAAGGCGAGGCUGCGCGUAGGCAAAUCAUGCAGGGUGCCAUCGUCAAGUCCGUCAUGUCGAGCGCUGCGAAAGCUUUGCCAAAGAUCGAGCUCUUCAUUUCUUUGCAGGACUUGCUGGCGACGUAUCCAUGCCCCGCUUCGCUGCGAGAUACGCUUUUGGAUCACCUCUUCACUUUGUUGCAUGAAACGCUACCCGCAGAUCCUGCCGCCAUAAGGCUAUUCGCGACGAGACGUCUUUUGCCUGACCUCGAGGGCGAAGCAUUGGUGGAUACGCUAAAGGACGCAAAUGAGCGGCUUUCCAGUGCUGUGCGAGAUCAAAAUGCAGCAGACGAGCGGCUCGCAUCGGCAUAUGCGAGCUUCGUGCGGGACUGGUGUCAGAAAGACAUCGAUGACAGCCUGAAAGGGUACCUCAUCACAUCGCUACAGCUCCUGGCACAAAGGAAAUCGGCCACCCCUUCGCCCGCACUUCUGGCGGAAACAAUAACCCUGCUCACGGCAUAUCAAGACAGCCUCCACGAGUAUCUCCCGCCUACAAGCAACACGCCUGAACGGGUCCUUCGGUUAGCUCGAAAGUUUACCGGUAAGGACAACACAAAGCACUCGGCGCAAGUAUGGCUUGCGCGCCUCGACGCGGAGAAACAAUUCGCGACAGGCGAGGAUGCGAAACGUGCGUGGGACGAGGCCCGGGGAGUCGUCGUGGGCACAGGGACAGACACCGUAUGGCUCUGGGGGCUAGACCCCGAGCCAGACUGGGAAACCACAAACGGGCGCGGGACCGGCAGUAUGGAGACGGAGGUGGGAGAGCGUGUUCGGCUGCUUGAGCGGCUUCUGGGAGAAGGCCACCGCAUGCAGGACGCGACGGCGUGGUCUGCGGUGCAGGAAACGCUACUGAUGCGGUACGCGAAGGCAACUGACAUCGAGCUCAAGAUCAGACUCAGGCUCGAGACGGUCGAGGAAGGCGAGGUACCGCCGGCUGGAAUUCGCAAGAGAAAGCGGGCGCGCGGGGAUACCGGGUCAGACGCACGAUCACCAUCGAUGGCAUAUGUGGACGCGCGGGCGGCCCGCGUGCGCCACGUCGGGGCAGCGUAUUUGAUGACAGCGCGCGUGUGGCGGGAGGUCUUCGCGCAGGAGGAGGCGGCUUCGGAGGAGGUGCCCGCGUGCUCAGGACGCGUCCUCGAGACGAUCUUCGAACAGUGGCGGCGCAAGGACGGCGUUCACGCGACCAUCGCCUGGGCGCGGUGGCUGCUCGCACAUGGGAAGGCGAAGGCGGCGACUGACAUUGUCAUGCGUGCGCGAAGCUCGCUCUCAGACGUCGAGAGAAUAGAGCUCGAGCAUCUCUGGAAGAAAGAAGUGGAUGAGGACGUCGAGGCCACAUCCAGAGACGAUCUCGAGAUGGACCCCCGGGUAUCCCUGUAA